GCCGCUCUUCAUCUCCCGCUGCUCCUUCUCUCCAUCGCCGAUCUUCACCUCCCACUGAUCCUUCUCUCCAUUGCCACUCUUCAUCUCCAUCGCUGCCCUUUCUCUCCAUCUCUCCUUCUUUCUUUUCUUAAGCCUUCUUUUCUGCUGCUCCUUCUCUCCGUCAAGCCACACAUUAGUCUGGUGAGCCUACAUUUUCCGGUGAACAUUUCAUCUCAAAAACUCAACACAAACUCUCCAAAAUCUUCCGUAAGAUCUUGUCCAAAUCCACAAAUGAGUAACUUACGGAAUACGCAUGAUGAAGAUGCAAAGUGGUUGGAUAAUACCCUGGUCGGUUUUCUUGAUAUUGUAUACGAUAAGAUCAAACAGCAUCCUAAAAGACAACCUGUUUUUAAGUCCUCUUCCUGAAAUGAAAUGAGUCAAGAGCUUAAAGACAAAACAGGAUGUGUUUAUACCGGUAUUCAGUUGUGUGGAAAGUAUAACAUAUGCAAGGAUUUACAUAGACGCUUCUUAGAGGUGUUAAACCACACUAGAUUAACAUUCAAUGCUGAAACAAAUAAGGCUGAAGUAGAUGAUGCAGUUUGGGAAAGUUUCUUCAAGAAAAACAAGAUCUACAGAACUCUAUACAAACAAGGUUGCAAACAUUAUGAGAUGUAUUGUCUUAUUUUCCCAAACAACUAUGCUACUAUAGGCCUUGCGAACCCUUCAACGCAACAACCAAUGGACUCAAAUGCGGAAAGACAAAAUGAAGAUAACUUUAUGAUAACUGACACAGACAACCUACUUAAAAGUUGUGGGAAUAAUUCUAAGGGCAAAAGAAAUGCAGAUGAGAUGACUGGUAGUGGUAAAAUGAGUGUUAACAAUAAUUGGAAAGGUCAACUUGCUAGUGCGUUUGCGUCGUACAACGGUAUAAUGUCUGAAGAUUUGCAUGAUAGGAGAGCGGAGCGAAAGGAAAAGAAACUUAGGCAACAACGUAGGCAGCAACAACAAGAAUCUACAAGUGAAAUGAGUACAUGAAUGACCCAUGUUGAUAGUAUGACGAGAAGUAUGCAAAUUCUAAACACAUUUUCAACUCUUAGCCCGAAAACUUAUAAUCGUGCUUUUGAAAAACUUGCCACGUCUGAAGCUCACCGUAAUGGUUUUAUUGCAAUGCCCGAAGAUAAGCAAUUGGCCUGGUUGCUCUCUCUCUAAUAAGUAUUGUAUUAAUUGUUGUUUGUAUGAUGAACAUGUUCUUUAUAUUAUGACUACUUAUGCGAUCAGAACUCCUAGUAGAUGAACAUGUUCUUUAUAUUAUAAUUACUUAUGUGAUAAGAACUCCUACUAGUAGUUACAAGGUGUUGUAGUAACUGUACUUUAGUAUUGUUGACAUGUUGUAUUAUUACUACUUUAUUAUUAUUAUUUAAA